GAAAACAGAAAUGGCUAAUCUUCCUAACGAAAUCAUGGAGGACAUACUCUCCAGACUCCCCAUCAAAUCCUUGAUUCGAUUCAGGUGUGUUUCCAAAUCUUGGCUUUCUUUAACCCACAACCCUUACUUGAUCAAAUUGCAUUUCAAUCGGUCCUCUCAAGAAAACCCAAGUCUCAUCCUCACCACAACAAUCAUCACCACCCACUUCCGCACCCAACUGUACUUGACCGAUUCCCAACUCAUUUCUUGCAACAAUAUUCGCUUCUCACAACCCAAUUUCGACGAGUUUCGCAUCAUGGGUUCAUGUAAUGGCUUGCUCUGUUUGGUCCAUCGCCUGAAUUCAAAGUCUAUUUUUAUCUGCAACCCAUGUACUGGUGAUCUUGUCAAGAUUCCCGAGUUUAUCACUGUGUUUGAGACCAAGUAUUUAGUCAAUGUGGUGUUUGGGGGAUUUGGUUUUAGCCCCAAGACCAGUCAAUAUAAAGUAGUAGUGAUUCUCUAUAACCGUGAAAAGCUAUUGAAUGGUGAUCAUAUUGUGAAAAAGAUUUCUGGGGCUUUUGUGUAUAAUUUGGGUGGUGGGCCUUGGAGAUAUGUAGGCAUUCCUCCUCUUGGGAUUACGGGUGAUUCCAGAUUAAGAGCAUUUCUUAAUGGUGUUCUUCAUUGGACAAUUGAGUCUUUUUUCCACACCAUUAUUUGUUUCGAUGUCGCAGAUGAAGUGUUCCAAGAAAUUCCCAGCCCCGCAAUUGGGCUCAAAGAGGGUGCUCAUUCUUUGGUGGUGUUGAGUGGCUUUCUUGCUGUAAUUGAAUUUUCUGCUUACAAUUGUAUUGUUGUAUGGAUUAUGAUGGAUCACAAUGUGACAGAUUCUUGGGAAAGGGGUUUCAUCAUAAAUUUCAAUGGGGUUGGGUUGAAUUUGAGAUAUAUUCAAGUUCUGUGUGCUCAGAAAGAUGGCGAAAUUAUAAUGCUGUAUAAUAAUCACACUCUUCUUUCUUAUAAUCGGCAUACCAUGCACUUUAGGAGGCUUAGCAUGGCUGGGCUUCCUUCUUGGUUUGAAGCAGUUUCUCAUGUGGAGAGUCUUGUUUCGCCUUUGGGAUGUUUAAGAAGCAAUACAAAAUGUUUUUCUAAUUAAAUUGGGAGAUUAAUGGCGCUGGAGUUGGAUUUAAAGAUGUAGCAGAACAACAAAACUAGUAGGAAUUGCGAGAAAGAUGUGGCCAAUCACAAGGAUUGUAAGGUAGAAGAUAUCUCACCGAAAAAAACUCUUAUGAAAAUCAAGUAGCGUGUCUAUAUUGUAAAUGAAAGCAUAAUGUGAUCCAAUGAAUACAUUACUAUGCAAUGGUUUUGGUUGUAGUUUUGCUUUGUAGGUUUAUACUGUGGUAAGCUGUCUCUUACAAAGUUCCAUCUAUAUGAUAUAAAGACAUUCUUU